AAUAAUAUCGUUCACAUUCUAAUGAAUAACUAUGUCGAGUAAUAUCGAUGGAUCCGCACCGAUGUGAUCUAACGAGGAUUUCAUGAGUCGUAAAUGUAGACGAAUAUUCGAGAGAAUUUUCAAAGGAAUUCAAUUGCAAAGUGAAAUUUCUGAAAGCGAGUAAAGUUCCGAAAAGCGCAUACCGGCGUUUAAUCUGAAACUCUGUAUGCCUGGGUAUUUUAUCCCUAAAAACUGUCAUUUGCACAAAAUGUUGAAUGUUUAUUUUAUUAAUGCGACCGAAUAACGCGCGAUAGAUCGUUUCUGAUGACUGAUUGACUAGUCGGGUUCGAUUUAUCGAGCAGAUGGAGGAACUUUCGAAAUUCGAAGAAAACGUGAGUUGAUCGGUUAAUAUUUGUGUUGAAUCAAGUGUCAGGUAAAAUCUAUUUUUUGUGGAACGGACGGAUCUGCGGUAAUCCGACGAAUACACAGACCUUGCUUCGUCGUUGCCCCCCAAGCCCUAUUGUAGCCUAUUGCAGAUCCCAUUAUAGGGAUCGCAGAGGGAGAGGGAGGCAUAAUACAUAUAGAAAUUGACACUUUGACGUUCAAUCUACGUUAAUGCGCGUUGUCGUCGGCAUCGCGACGCAUCGCGUUGCGGCCGAUUAGCUCGAACGGCAUUGGGCAGCUGAAAAGGGGUAAAAAUGAACGACUCCUAGGAGCACGUGGAACGUAUUUAAAAGUAGGAGAUGGCCUCGUCGAAGCGGAAAGGAUUCUGGAGAAGGCAGGGGCCGAGGGUGGCCCGGGUGCGUCCGUACGCGUGUACGCAUGUACGUACAUGCCCGACCCGUUUGGGCGUGCAGAAUCGGUAUAUAUAAACGAGGCGGGCGCAGCCAUCCUCGCUCAGUAAGUUUUCGCCGGCGCGGUCUGGCUCUCGAGCGACGAAUAAAUUAACAUUGAACUCAAGGCGAUCGCCCAGAACUUCGGGUCGGAGAAUUUCAAUGCUCGAAAAGACUCUUUGCCGAACAUGACCGGUCGUACCGUUUUGUGCGCGAUAGUAAGUGCAUUGGUACUCGCGACGAGUCCUCGUGCUCUCCCCCAGAAUAGCGAGCGACCCGCGACCGGAGCGCUUUCUCAAGUUUCGGUGACCUCGAACUCCGGACCAAGGUCCGGUGACGACUUCGUUUUCGACGGUCCGGCCGACAGACCAGCCAACAGGCCGCUCCCUCAAGGAGGAGACGAUAACGCGAAUGGCAGUGACUGGGGUCAACCAAGGCCGGCCACCUCGUCCGCCGCUACGACGACGCAGGCUCCGGCCGAGCCUACCAGGAUGAGCGACUGCGAAGCUUCGUGCCCGAGCACACCGGAAUACAAUCCAGUUUGUGGAACCGACGGGGUAUCGUACUCCAAUCCUGGAAGACUUACUUGUGCCAGGCGAUGUGGGAAAGUUGUGGAGACGAAUCAUUUUGGACCAUGUUCUAGUGGUGCGAUAAGAGGUUAACAUUGUAUUAAAAAAUACAAAUUAUCUUUGAUAAGAGCAAUUGUUUUGCUCUCAAAAUUACUACAUGUCCUUUUGUUGGUUGAUAUUCUCAUUAAAUGCAACCCUUAAAAAUUAA